CGGAAGUGUUUGAUGUGUCGGCAGAGCUGCAGGAUUACAGUGAGUUUAAAUAAGGGUCUUUUGGUGGGGUUCUGCUGGGGUCGUGAUGGGGAAGUAUUUCUUCAGUGAGACGGACAUCGAGAGUGCGUGGGACCUCGUUUCGACGGCGUUCUGGCAACGAUACCCAAACCCUUACAGCACUCAUGUUCUGACGGAGGACGUCGUUUUCCGUGAGGUGACGUCAGAUAACUGUCUCGUGUCCCGGCGGCUCCUCACCAAGACCAAUCGUCUUCCUCGCUGGGCGGAGCGCAUCUUCCCAGGGAGCCUAACACGAUCGGUUUACAUCAUAGAGGAUUCUGUCGUCGACCUCAGCAACAGAAGCCUCACGACACUGACCUGGAACAUAAAUCAUGCUAAAUUCAUGCGGGUCGUGGAACGCUGUGUGUUUCACGGUGAGCGGGAAAGCCCGGUCCGGACGCGGCUCACCAGAGAAGCCUGGAUCUCAUCGGGAGUGUUUGGUCUCUCGAGACCGAUACAGGAGUUCGGUUUGGCCAGAUUCAGGAGUAAUCAGGUGAAAUCUAUGAAGGGUUUGGAGCAUGCUCUAUCAAAUCUACAGAGCGCAUCGAGCUCAUGUCAUGGAGACGCCUCCAAAGAUGCUCCAGAGAUUCCCAAACACCUCAGUUCUGCCUCCAAAUCCCAGAAACCACAGCAGUUCAUAUGAGCUCACACACAUGUCCAGGGCACGGUUCAGAUGAAUCUAAACUAACAGGUUUCCUUUAGGAUUGUUUCAUUCAUUAUAACACACAUUUAUUUAAACGGUAUUUACAUCUCAUGUAAUAGUAAUAGAAGUGAGAAUAAUGGGAAUAAAAAACGAAUGCUUCAUUUUAAAAUGAACUUGUGUCAUAACAACGGUCCUAAAAUAAGCAUUUUUAUUUAUUUAUUUAUUUUUGCUUGUUUUAUAUUUUGGAGUAAAGAUGGGAUCUGGACAUGUGUUUGUGAGAUUGAUCCAUAAACAAACGUGUGUUUAAUGGCUGCUAAUAUUAAAGCUCAGGGAACAGUUUAAUGAAGGAGCAUGACAACAUACGUGUGCAUCUGAACACAUCAGUACACUGCACCAUAUUUAUUUAUUAGAGAUGAACUCAGGGACAGACACGAGUGUUUCUGGAGCGUGUGCUGUUCAUUAUAUGUUACAGUAAUCACACGUGAACAAGCGUGUGACAUUGUUUCAUUGAAACAUUCUCAAAUCAUGUGUUCAUGCUGGAGUGUGUGUGAACAUGUGCUGAUACUGUGUAAUGCUGUCUCUCUCUCUCUCUCUCUCUCUAACUGUCUCUCUCUCUCUCUCUCUCUCUCUGUACUAAUGUUUUAAUUAGUGUCUAGUGUAACGAGUCCAGAGAAAUCACCUGUUUAAUAUGAUAUAAUCCAACUGCGAGACUAAAGUUCAUUCGUUGCUGUGUUCUUCGAUCAUCAGCAUGUUAAUAUUGCAUCAUUAUUAUUAUUAUUAUUAUUAUUAGACAUAUCGGUUAUUUUCAGAAGCGUUACAUUUGAAUUUAAAGUGUUUUAAUAUUUAUCUGUAAACUGUAAUAAAUGCUGUAAACUGUGAUGAACUUUAUAAUAAAACAUGAUAAACUUGUAACAUCUGUCGGUUAAUCGUGAGAUUGUACAGAAAUAUGAUCGUGAAUAUAAACGGUCUGUUUUGAGCUCGUAAAGAUGAGAUGAUUAACCCUUUAACAC